AUGUCAAGUUCAGGCUACCCUCCGAACCAAGGAGCUUUCAGCACGGAGCAGAGCCGGUACCCGCCCCACUCUGUGCAGUACACCUUCCCCAGCACCCGCCACCAGCAGGAAUUUGCUGUUCCCGACUAUCGCUCGUCUCACCUGGAAGUCAGUCAGGCCACGCAGCUCCUGCAGCAGCAGCAGCAGCAGCAGCAGCUCCGGCGCAGGCCCUCCCUGCUCUCCGAGUUCCACCCAGGCUCUGACAGGCCUCAGGAAAGGAGAACUGGAUAUGAACAGCAGUUUCAUCCAGGUCCAUCUCAGACAGAUCAUGAUUCACUGGAAUCUAAGCGACCACGUCUUGAGCAAGUGUCUGAUUCCCAUUUCCAGCGUGUCAGGACCAUCUUCUCCAAUUUCUGGUCAGCCUUGUGGGGAGGACCAAAAUGCUUCACCUUCCAAGCUGUCAAAGGAAGAAUUGAUACAGAGCAUGGACCGCGUCGAUCGCGAAAUUGCCAAAGUGGAACAGCAAAUCCUCUGAAGAAAAAGCAACAACAACUUGAAGAAGAAGCUGCUAAGCCUCCCGAGCCGGAGCGGCCGGUGUCCCCUCCUCCCGUGGAGCAGAAGCACCGCAGCAUCGUCCAGAUCAUUUACGAUGAGAACCGGAAAAAAGCAGAAGAAGCUCACAAGAUUUUUGAAGGUCUUGGUCCAAAAGUUGAAUUGCCACUUUACAACCAACCCUCAGACACCAAGGUCUACCAUGAAAACAUCAAAACAAACCAGGUGAUGAGGAAAAAGCUGAUCCUAUUCUUUAAAAGAAGGAACCAUGCAAGAAAACAACGGGAGCAAAAAAUCUGUCAACGUUAUGAUCAGCUGAUGGAGGCAUGGGAGAAGAAAGUAGACAGGAUAGAAAAUAAUCCACGCAGGAAAGCCAAGGAGAGCAAAACACGGGAGUACUAUGAGAAACAAUUCCCAGAAAUCCGAAAACAGAGAGAACAGCAAGAAAGAUUCCAAAGAGUUGGCCAAAGAGGGGCUGGCCUUUCAGCAACCAUUGCUAGAAGUGAACACGAGAUUUCAGAAAUCAUCGAUGGACUCUCUGAGCAGGAG